CCCUGCAGCCUGAGCCGGUGUAUCCAGUCCACUUACUGAGAUUUCUUCGAUCAGUAUCGGCAACUUUCUCCCUGCUCCCUCUAGGCGGGGUUUAUGCGACCUUAUUAAUGUAGUCGACACUUUCCACGCUGCGGUAACUAUUUAUAACUUAAUAUUUAUAACACUCGAUAAUGUGACCCCGUUUAGAGGACUUGGGAUAAGUUUUACAGUUAACAAACAUGCAGCCCUAAAGAGGACGCUCGCUAGCUUGAAGUUUAUUUAAAGUCCUGAGAAGAUGGCAAGUCCUUCUCCGUAAGAAAAGAAGCGAGAUGGGAAAAUGGGAGCUGACAAUGAACCCAGUGCAAGAGUGGGGUGAGGAAUCCGAGAAUGGGGCAGUUUACGGGAUCACGCUGCACAGGGUGCCCGUCCCCUCCUGGGUCGACCCCAGCUCGAAUCCAUCAUGCGCUUUCGUCCAAUACCGAACCAACAAAGUGCGGCGUCUGAAGUCCGCCAGUCUGCAAAUGCUUGUGAGUCACCUCCUCGACCCGUCCUGUCUGGAACAGGACUACAGCAGGAUCUUCCUCUCAACAUACAGAACCUUCACCAGUACGACAAAGCUCUUAGAAAUCGUCUUCCAAAGAGACAGUGAAGCAUCAGAAUUGGACAACAGUGAAUGCAACCUGAGGCCUCUGCUGGCCUUUGUCCAGACCUGGCUGGAGGAAUUCAGUGAGGACCUCAGGGAUCCUCCGCUCCACCCUGGGUUGCAACUUCUUUUGGAUCACCUUAGGAUCAGCUCUGCCAUACAUGACCAAUGGCACUGUCAGCCCAACUUCUCUUCACUAGCGGGGCAAACCGAAAACCUCCUUAAGAGGUUCCAGAAAGAAGAAUCUGAGACACAUGUGAGUCCCGCUCAGGCAGAUUUGCAACAACAUGAGCAGCUUUCAGCUGAUGAGGAUUUGGGAUAUGAACACUUGCAAGAUGAAGGUGACAUUAUGGAUUUCUCAUCAAGAGCCAUCGCAGAGCAACUGACUCGGAUAGAUUCUGCUUUAUUUAGGAAAGUUGCUCCUUAUCAGUGUUUGGGCUGCAUCUGGUCACAAAGAGACAAGAAGGAGAACAUGUCCCCCACCAUCAGGGCCACCAUCGCACAGUUUAACGCCAUUACCAACCUUGUCAUCAUAUCACUACUCUGCCGCCCACCGGGUGCCACCUGCGGUCCUACCCCACCACAACGAGCUCGGAUCCUGGAGAAGUGGAUCAGAGUAGCACAGGACUGUCGCCAUUUGAAGAACUUUUCCUCUCUCAAGGCAAUCCUGUCCGCCCUACAGUCCAAUGCAGUCUACAGACUAAGAAGGACCUGGGCAGCAGUUAGCAGGGACUGCAUGAUUAUUUUUGAUAACCUCUGUGAAACCUUCCCUGAUGAAAACUGCCUUCUGACCAACAGAGAACUCCUGGUGGAGAAUACUUCCAGCGGCGUGGUGCCCUAUCUGGGCACAUAUCUGACCGUCCUUACCAUGCUCGACACAGCCCUGCCAGACACAGUAGAGACAGGGCUCAUAAAUUUUGAGAAGAGGAGGAGGGAGUAUGAGGUUCUGUCGCAAAUCCGUGUCCUGCAAAUGUCCUGUACUCUGUUCAACCUGCCUCAUUACCCCAGAAUUGCUGCCUGGAUGCAAGGACAUAAACUGCUCACAGACCAAGAAAGCUAUGAACUUUCUCGACAGUUGGAGCCUCCGGUGGAUGUGUGUUCACCAACCACUUGGAGCCACAGGACACUCACGAAAAAACUUUCCUCUCUCUUGACAAUAAGUGACGGACCCAAAAAGCUCCCAGCAGACCAGAUCAGUGUUUCAUCUUCAGGAUCGAGUUGUUCCGAGUUGGAGGAUCUGUCCUCUCCCAACUCUGCCUGUUCCAUCAGACUGCAGUCCUUCCACAGUUCUUGCAACAAUGUGUCCGAGAUCUUCUCCUCAUCUUCCUCCUCCUCCUCCUCUUCAUCAUCCUCACCGUGCUCCUCAGCGUCCUUGUCUCCAGACUCCCAAACUCCCUCGGGCUCGUCUUCGGACUCUCUCUGCUCCUCGGCCACUUCCUGCGCGACUGCUCCGCCCUCGCCGAACUCCCACCACAAACGUUCCGUGUCCAUGAUCUCCCUGCCCGUCUAUAACCGCCAGGGAUCAGACUCCUGCAUCGUGAGGGUCAGCGUGGAUCUGGGCCACAACAAUGGCAACAUGUAUAAGAGUGUCUUGUUGACCAGCCAGGACAAAACUGCACAUGUGAUUCAGCGGGCAUUGGAGAAGCAUCACCUGGAACACAUGAACUGGCAGGAAUUCACUCUGACACAGGUCAUCUCGCAGGAGAGAGAGUUGCUCAUCCCAGACAAAGCGAACGUCUUCUAUGCCAUGUCCACAACUGCAAACUUUGAUUUUGUCCUGCGGCGGUUCCACAACGGCCAAAAGAAACCACUGAGAGCCACUUCAAGUCUAGGCCGGUACACAAAAUAGCCCCACUAACAUAUUUUAUGGAACCUUAAAUAGCUUAAAAAAAGGUGGAUCCUCUCUUGCUGCUGGUAACAAAGAGGAGAAAAUAUGAAGAUCUUGCAACAAAAAAAAGCCACUUUAUCAAAGUUUCUCUCUACAAUGGUGACUGAACAUUUAAAUUUCUGAUGUAUUUUCAUUUCCUGAAGGGCUGAACUAACCUGAAUAUCCACAUUUACCAACUUUGUUAGGCCCAACAUUUCUAUUUUUACAAAGCUGACUGCUUUGGACUGACACUUUCACUGUGCUGCUAAUUUUACAGUACAGUAUUGUCGUUACAGUGUGUGUUAGAUUUGUACACCAUUGCAUACAUUAAUGGUUCCCUACAUUAAUAUUGUAUAUAUCUUGGAGAGUUUCAGUGAAAAGAACAUUAUCUUUGUUUCUCUUUUUGAUAAAGACUCAUUAGCCUGUAACAAUGUAUUUAAUUUUGAGUCCAGUGUGUAUUUUAGUCAACCAAUUCCUUGGACAUUUUCCUCUAGCAUUGUUCUUACUACAGAGCACACCACUAGUUGUGAGCUACCCUUCCCAGAGCAUCAUGUACCCGCAGAUUGUAUGUGGCCUAUAAAUGCUGACAAACUGCUUGCCUGCACGCCAACACCGCACAGUGUCAUUAAUAGGUCAUGAGUUAAAUAUCCAAACGGGUAAUGAGGGUCAGCUGACGUGUAAAGAUGGCAAAACGAAACCUGCGGCCCGCUUUGAUCCCAUUGAGCUGAGGUGUCGCCGCACUGUGCCAGCUGACGAAUGGGUGCCGCUGUUCUAACUCCUGGGCACUUUCGCCGCACCUCUUGUUGCCAUGAGACUUGGCGUAGUUGGCAGACAGCCCUGCCUGGAAGGUUGGCAUUCCCCGGUCUAGUUUCCAUGGCAGCCAUCGAGACUUUGAUGGACAGGACGAGACGCACAUACCUGCAGUGGGAGAUUAUUGAGAGGGACAUGUUUUCAGUGUUGGAUUGUUCGACUUUGAAUAUGUUUAUAGUAAUUGCAUGCCACUCUAAACCUGCUGUGAUUGCACCUUUUAUUUGAUUAACAUCACCCUGGUAAUGUAGCAAAUUUUAAAGCCAAAAAAAAAACCAAAUGGGGUGCCUAAUUUUAAGUGUUACUAUUUUCUGAUGAUAUUGUAAUUAUUUAAAAUGUUUAACAAUUGAACAAAUAUUUAACACAAAUGGUUCGUCAUGUGGAUCCUGAAUGAAACUGCUGCGUGUGUGUGUUUGUGUUGACUAAUGCCUGAGACAAGUUGUACUUAUCAUUUCAAUAAUAAUAAUAUGAUGCAGAGCUUCCUGUACAUGUCUGACACAACAGAACUGGUACAAGGACAUUAGUUCCUUGAAUUUAUUGUAGUAGUUAAUAUCCCAUCUUUUAAAAGAGAAUGUCUAUGUUAAAAAUAAAUUAAUAAAUGUUUGAAAAAUA